GCAACACACACGCCCUCUCAAAACCGGAAGCAUGUGCUUACGAAACCCGAAAUCGAAACUAAGACUAAACACGAAGCAGAUAAACGUGAGGCAUAACAAUUAUAAAACAAACGGCCAUUCUUUGUUUUGCAGCCUCUCGCCAUGAAUGAAUAAUUAUUAGACUUCCAGACAUGGCUCGCAGAUCCGACUUGGCAGGUUUCUUGAGAGGGUUAGAGUACAUCACUAAGGCUCUAGUGGAGACACAGGGGUCAGAGGUCAAACAAGUAUGGAGGAACAGCAGUUUAAAAACAGCGGCAGGGAAAGUCCUGGAGAAAUCCCAGACUGUGGUCCAGGACGUAGCCUCAAACCAAAGCAACUUACCAAAAGCAGUCGUCGAUAAAACUGUGAUGAUGGCUAAACAAGCAUCUACUGUGGUCGGCACUCUGAGAACCUCUGUCCCUUCAAUGUCCACACCCUUCACAAACAGCAAUGCAGCUGACUUGAACCUCUCCAGUGAUUUCAGCAAAGCCUUGGGGGUGAAUGAGGAACAGUUUGAAGAAAUGUUUGAAGAGGAGAAUGGGACAGUACCACCAAAAACUGUCCCACAGGGUAAAAAGCCACCAUCAGACACUAUAUUGAAAGACAUUUUAGAGAAUACUAAAACAAACAAAUCGGCUGACCCUGUUGUUAAACCUGAACCAGUGGAGAAGAUUGUUAGCCAGGAACCUGUGAAGAAAUCGGCCAAGAAAGCAAUUAGACCACCAUUGUCAGCAUUCAAAGCAGCGCCCAAGUUAAGUGACACUGCUAAAGAAAGAAAGGUGCCAUCCUCAAGAUUCAGCAGAGUGGCCAACUUUGGAGGUUUGUUUGUGGGACUUGGAGUAGGAGCACUUUCUGAGGUGACAAAGCGAGGACUGGGGCUCAAGAAAAAAUCAGAUGACAACAACCCCAGUUUAAUCGGAGAGAACCCCUUUCUCACGGAAGAGAACGCUGAGCGCAUCGUGGACAGACUUUGUAGAGCUAGGGGUGCCGCCUUAAAGCUGGGACAGAUGAUCAGCAUACAAGACAACUCCUUCAUUGAUCCUAAGAUCCAGAAGAUCUUUGAUAGAGUCAGACAGAGUGCAGACUUCAUGCCGUCCUGGCAGAUGAAGAAAGUCCUUGUGAGUGAGUUAGGAGAGGACUGGCAGGACAAGUUUGAACAGUUUGAUGACAAACCUUUUGCUGCUGCCUCCAUUGGACAGGUACAUAAAGGCAAACUGAAGGACGGCAGAGAAGUAGCCAUGAAAAUCCAGUACCCAGGGGUUGCUACCAGCAUUGAAAGUGACAUCAACAAUUUAAUGACAGUCUUGAAAAUAUGGGAUUUGUUUCCUAAAGGUGUUUACAUUGAUGAUUUGAUGAGAGUCACCAAAAAAGAACUGGGCUGGGAGGUAGAUUAUGAACGAGAAGCCAAAUGCAGUACAAAAUUCAAAGAACUACUACAGGACCACUCCAUGUUAGAGGUGCCGGCUGUCGUACCAGAGCUGAGUUCUAGACAGGUCCUCACCACAGAGUUCAUAGAGGGGAUUCCCCUGGACAGGUGUACAGAGCUAGAUCAGGAAACCAGGGACCAGAUCUGCACGGAAAUAUUAAGUCUCUGUCUAACAGAGCUCUUUGACUGGAAGUUCAUGCAGACUGAUCCAAACUGGGCCAACUUUUUCUACAAUCCAGACACAGGAAAGCUGAUUCUGUUGGAUUUCGGUGCCAGUCGGAGUUUUUCUGCCAAGUUUGUUGAUGACUAUAUUCGUAUCAUCAAGUCCGCUUCUGAAGGGGACCGCGAGGGAAUCAAACACUGGUCCGUUGAAAGCGGCUUCCUUACUGGAUACGAAACUAAGACGAUGGAGAAUGCCCACGUGGAUGCUGUUAUGAUUCUUGGAGAGGCCAUGGCCUUUGAUGACAAUUUCGAUUUUGGAGCACAAAGUGCAACCAUGCGUAUCUUUAACCUCAUUCCUGUGAUGGCUAAACACAGACUUACCCCCCCUCCCCACGAAACGUAUUCACUCCAUCGCAAAAUGUCCGGAUCUUUCCUCAUUUGUACCAAGCUCAAUGGCAAAGUCAACUGUAAAAAACUAUUUGAUGAUAUUUUUGCUCGUUAUCAGUUUGGAAAGGAAUGUGAAUUUUGGCAGGACUAAAUCUAGUCUUUUUGUAGUAUUUUUCAUGUAAAUAUUAUUAUUUUGUUUAUUGCCUUAAUGUACUGUUUAGUCAAUGUAGACCAUUGUUUUGCAUAAUAAAGUUUUAUUUAAAAGGAAAAAAAUAGAAUUUCCUUCA